ACUUCCGUUCUCGGCAGUCCACCUUAUUUCCGCCCUAUGCGUUCCACUUUACUUCCGGUCUGUGCGUUCCACACACAGAAAGAGAGGUUUCAUCGACUGCAGCAGUGGCCGUGGUGAUCAGACCACUGAGCUGUGAGGAACCAGAGUGAUUACUAGACGUCACGUGAGGAUGAGAUGCGUCACUGAUUCCCUGAGGAUGGACAAGGACGGGAGUCACAUGUCUGAGAGGAUCCUAAAUCUCACCCUGGAGAUCAUCUACCUUCUGACUGGGGAGGAUUACACAGUAGUGAAGAAGACAUCCAGUGAGUGUGAAACACCCAGCAGCCGUCCCCAUGUGUCAGGAGGACUGAGCAGGACCCAGAGCCCCAUCACGGUGCCUCCACCUCACUCACUGAAUCAUGAGAGGCACAAUGACCAGAAGAUCCUGGAACUCACUAACAAGAUCAUUCAGCUGCUGACUGGAGAGGAGGGGGAGUAUAUAGAGGAACACAGGGGUCUGUACAAGGACGUGAUGAUGGAGAAUCACCGGCCCCUCACAUCACUGGAUGGACCCAGUAACAGAGAUACCCCAGAGAGAUGUCCCCGUCCUCUGUAUUCCCAGGACUGUACAGAGGAGAAUCACAUGACCCCACAGGAGGAUCAGGAUGAAGAUAUGACAAUUAUAAAGGUAGAAGAUACAGAGGGAGAAGAAAAGACAUAUGGGACUGAUAAUAAGGGAGACGAUAUAGAGGGAGAAGAAGAGAUGUAUGUUACUGAUAUGAAGGUAGAACCUAUAGAGGGAGAAGAAGAGACGUAUGUGACUGAUAUGAAGGCAGACGAUACAAAGGGAGAAGUAGAGAUGUGUGUUACUGAUAUGAAGGCAGAAGAUAUAGAGGGAGAAGAAGAGAUGUAUGGAAUGGGUAAUCAUCAGUGUAAGGAGGAAGACAUCUAUACAGAUAUCAGCACAGAUGGAUGUUGCAGAAGAAUUAUAUUGGCUGAACGUCACAGUGUAUCUCUAGAUUGUGAAAUUGAAGAUAUCACACAAGAAUCUCUGGAAGAAAACCCUGUGAUCCCAGUUCUACAUCCAGUACCUCACACUGCAGAUAUAUCAUCUGUUACCGCUAGUCAUGAGGAAUGUUCUCCUGAUACUUCAGAUAUUGGUCCAUCCAUCACAGCUCUUAGAGUAGAUAGGAUGUUUACCAGUUCUGUAGAUGCCAAAUGUUUUACACAGAGCACAAAGCUUAUUACCCAUCAGCCACCUCAGACAGGUGAGAGGCCAUUCCCAUGUUCUGAGUGUGACAAAUGUUUUACACUCAAAUCAUACCUUGUUAGACAUGAGAGAAGUCACACAGGUGAGAAACCAUUUCCAUGCUCUCGGUGUGGAAAAUGUUUUACACAGAAAUCAAAUCUUGUUAGACAUGAGAGAAGUCACACAGGUGAGAAACCAUUUCCAUGCUCUGAGUGUGGGAAUGUGUUUGCAAGUAAAUCAUAUCUUGUUGUGCAUAAGAGAAGUCACACAGGUGAGAAGCCAUUUUCAUGCUCUGAGUGUGGGAAAUGUUUUACAGAGAAAUCAUAUCUUGUUACACAUCAGAGAAGUCAUACAGGUGAGAAACCAUUUUCAUGCUCUGAGUGUGGAAAAUGUUUUGCACACAAAACAGAUCUUCUAAGACAUCAGAGAAGUCACACAGGUGAGAGGCCAUUUUCCUGCUUGGAAUGUGGGAAGUGUUUUAAUCAGAAAUCAGCUCUUAUUGAACAUCAGAGAAGUCACACAGGAGAGAAGCCAUUUUCAUGCUCUGAGUGUGGGAAAUGUUUUGCACAAAAAUCAACUCUUGUUAGACAUCAGAGAAGGCACACAAGUGAGAGGCCAUUUUCUUGCUCUGAAUGUGGGAAAUGUUUCACAGAGAUAUCACAUCUUGUUACACAUCAGAGACAUCACACUGGUGAUAACCUAUUUUAAUGCUCUGAGUGUGGGAAAUGUUUUACACACAAAUCACAGCUUGUUGUACAUGAGAGAAGUCACACAGGUGAGAAACCAUUUCCAUGCUCUGAGUGUGGGAAAUAUUUUGCCCACAAAUCAACUGUUCUUGCACAUGAUAGAAUAAACAAAUGAGAGACCAUUUCCAUAUUCUAAAUGUGGAAAAUGCUUUAUAUCGAAAUCACAGCUAGUUACACAUCAGAGAUGUCACACAGGUUAGAAGCCAUUUCCCUGCUCUGGGUGUGGGAAAUGUUUUACACAAAAACCAACUCAGUAUUUUUAGAGCAAGGAUAUUCUAGCAUUACCUGUGAGACCAAAGAUCAUCAGCAGUGGCAACCUCAUUACUAAAGGGAAUGGAAAAGUUAUAAAGUGAGGUAAGAAAAAAUAUUUGUUUUGUUUGUAUAAAAAAACAAGCCCCAUUGACCUAAAUAAAUAUGCAUAUAUUUGAGAUAUACGAUUUAAAAAGUAGAUCAAACUCUGCUAUAUUCAAUAAACAUUCAAUUUGACCAUUA